GAAAAAAAAAAAGAACACCGUACAAAUACAUGUUCUACACCUUCCACGGUUUUCCCACAAAAUGAGCAGCUAAUGUUAUCACCAUCCAUGUCAAUUCCUCUCAAGCUCAAAUUCGUUUUUGUUGGUAACCUAUACAAAAACAAUCUCCAAGCCAAUAAAACACACCUUUCCAACAAGAAAUUACUUAUUCCAAAUUGCUUCUCAUAAAACAGCAUCCAUAAUCCUUUGAUCAAGAGAUUUAAUCCUUAAUUAGGCAGUUUCAAAGAUGAGAGUUGCAGUGAUUGGAGCAGGGAUUAGUGGUCUGGCUUCAGCUCAUGUUCUUGCAAAAGCCGGCGUCAACGUUGUCCUAUAUGAGAAGGAGGACUACUUGGGCGGACAUGCUAAAACUGUAACCUUUGAUGGUGUUGAUUUAGAUCUCGGUUUCAUGCUUUUCAAUUCCGUUACAUAUCCAAACAUGGUGGAGAUGUUUGAGAGUCUUGGGGUUGAUGUGGAGGCAUCCAAUAUGUCCUUUUCGGUCAGCCUGCACAAAGUGCAAUGGCAUUCUUCCAAUCGUUGCAGUUAUCUUGAAGUGCUUGAGAACAACCCAGAUAUUGAUCGCAAUGAAACGUUGGGGCAGUUUGUCAAGGCACGGGGUUACUCUGAAUUGUUUCAGAGGGCAUAUCUGGUCCCCAUAUGUGGUUCAAUAUGGUCUUGCCCUUCAGAGGGAGUUAUGGGGUUUUCAGCCUACUCAGCUCUCUCACUUUUCCGCGAUCAUCAUCUGCUUCAGCUUUUUGGCUGUCCACAGUGGCUCACUGUCAAAGGGACUUCCCGUCAUUAUGUCAACAAGGUCAAGGAAGAGCUUUGGACCAUGGGUUGUCAAAUAAGAACUGGCUGUGAAGUUCUGGCUGUUUCCACUGCUGAAGAGGGUUGCACCUUGUUAUGUGGAGAUGGCUCCCGAGAAAUGUUCACUGGAUGCAUUAUGGCCAUUCAUGCUCCUGAUGCUUUGAGAUUACUAGGAAAUGAAGCCACUUACAAUGAAUCAAGAAUACUUGGUGCUUUCCAAUAUGUCUACAGUGACAUUUUUCUUCAUCGUGACAAAACUUUAAUGCCCAAAAACCCAACAGCAUGGAGUGCAUGGAAUUUUCUUGAAAAUACAGAGAAGAAAGUAUGUUUAACAUAUUGGCUCAAUGUGCUUCAGAAUAUUGGUGAGACAAGUCUCCCUUUUCUGGUAACUCUCAAUCCUGAUCAGACACCAAAACAUAUGUUACUUAAGUGGUCAACUGGCCAUCCAGUCCCAUCUGUUGCUGCAACAAAAGCUUCCCUCGAGCUUGAUUUUAUUCAAGGGAAGAGAGGAGUUUGGUUCUGUGGAGCAUACCAAGGCUAUGGCUUCCCUGAGGACGGACUCAAGGCUGGCAUGGUAGCUGCAAAUAGUUUGCUGGGAAAGAGCUGUUCUGUUAUCAAUAAUCCAAAACAUAUGGUACCAUCUCUCCUGGAAAUAGGAGCACGUCUUUUUGUCACAAACUUCCUCAGAAAUUUUAUAUCAACAGGUUCUGUAAUUUUAUUUGAGGAAGGUGGCACAAUUUUUACCUUUGAAGGAAACAACACAAAAUGCUCUCUGAAAACUGUUAUGAAAGUGCACAAUCCCCAGUUUUACUGGAAGGUUAUGACUCAGGCAGAUCUAGGUCUUGCAGAUGCAUAUAUCAAUGGAGAUUUUUCUUUUGUCGACAACAAUGAAGGUCUUCUAAAUCUCAUUAUGAUUCUCAUUGCCAGCAGAGAUUGGAAUUCAUCCAUCUCCAAACUUAGUAAGAAAAGGGGUUGGUGGACACCAAUGUUUUUUGCAGCUGGUUUAACAUCUGCAAAUUUUUUCUUCAAGCAUCUUUUAAGGCAAAACACUCUCACACAAGCUCGCAGGAACAUUUCUCGUCACUAUGACUUGAAUAAUGAACUUUUUGCUCUAUUCUUGGGUGAAACAAUGGCAUACUCCUGUGCUGUGUUUGAGAAGGAAAAUGAGGAACUAAAAGUUGCACAACAGAGGAAAUUCUCUCUUCUGAUUGAAAAGGCAAGAAUUAACAAUGAGCACGAGAUUCUUGAUAUUGGAUGUGGUUGGGGAAGUUUUGCUAUUGAGGUGGUGAAACAAACAGGAUGCAGAUACACUGGCAUCAGUUUAUCUCAGGAGCAACUAAAAUAUGCAGAAAUGAAAGUACGGGAAGCUGGACUUCAGGAUCACAUUCAAUUUCAACUCUGUGACUACCGCCAAUUGCCCAACACUCACAAAUAUGACAGAAUUAUAUCAUGUGAGAUGAUAGAACAUGUUGGCCAUAAAUACAUGGAGGACUUUUUUGGUUGCUGUGACUCAGUAUUAGCAGAAGACGGGCUUCUUGUUCUACAGUUCAUAUCCAUACCAGAUGAACGCUAUGAAGGGUACAGGCUAAGUUCAGAUUUUAUCAAGGAAUACAUUUUUCCUGGUGGGUGCCUGCCUUCCUUAAGUAGGAUAACAUCAGCUAUGGCUGCUGCAUCGAGACUCUGUGUGGAGCAUGUGGAGAACAUAGGAAUUCAAUACUACCAAACUCUGAGAAAUUGGAGACAAAAUUUCUUGGGGAAGAAGAGCGAAAUUAAUGCAUUGGGAUUUGAUGACAAGUUCAUCCGGACAUGGGAAUACUAUUUUGAUUACUGUGCAGCUGGUUUCAAGACAAGGACGCUCGGAGAUUACCAGAUUGUAUUUUCACGCCCAGGAAAUGUGGCUGCACUUGGCAAUCCAUACCAAGGUUUCCCUUCGGCCUAUUGAUUCUUUCCCUGACUCCUUUUGGUUAUCUUAUCCCAUUUCUUGUAAGGGGAACUGAAGAAUGUUAUUAGCUCUUUGCAUUUUAUCUGAAUUGAAUAAGAUAAUAAACUCAGGAUUAUGGUUCUCAGUGACUGUAGACUUUGUAGUUGCUCGGGAUUAUGAAAACCAAUUCUUGGAGUCAGAAAUUUAUUGGUGUGUUUAUCCUCUUGAUUCCAGUACUUAAAAGAUUU